AGUGUCAGGCCGGUGCCGGGCGAUGCCGUACUUGGGCGGCGAGGAUGCGGUGCGGGAGCUCCGCCGGGCCCUGUCCAACCCGCACGUACAGGCGGAUCGGCUGCGCUACCGCGCCGCUGUCCUGCGCGUUAUCCGGUAUAUGGCGCAGGGCGCGGACGUGUCGGGGCUGUUCCCGGAGAUGGUGAAGGCGAGUGCGGCGGCGGACGUGGUGCAGAAGAAGCUGGUGUCGUGGUACCUGCGGGCGCAGGCCCCGCGGCAGCCCCAGCUGGCGCUGCUGGCUGUCAACACCCUGCGCAAGGACUGCGCGCACCCCAGCCCCGCUGUGCGCGGCCUCGCCCUCCGCAGCAUGUGCGGCCUCAGGAUGCCCGGCAUCCAGGAGUACCUGCAGCAGCCCCUGCUGAGCGGCCUGCGGGACAAGGCCUCCUACGUGCGGAGAGCGGCCGUGCUAGGCUGCGCCAAGAUGGUGAAGCUGCAGGGAGACUGCGAAGUGGAUGGUGCAUUGGUGAAUGAGCUGUACAGUUUGCUUCGUGAUCAGGAUCCUAUUGUAGUCGUGAACUGUCUGAGGGCCCUAGAAGAGAUCUUGAAGAAGGAGGGAGGGGUUGUUAUCAACAAACCCAUUGCCCAUCAUCUCCUCAACAGGAUGCCUGAUCUGGACCAGUGGGGGCAAAGCGAGGUGCUCACCUUCCUGCUGCGGUACAGACCCCGCAGUGAGGAGGAGCUCUUUGACAUACUCAAUCUGCUGGAUGGCUUUCUCAAAAGCAGCAGCCCCAGCGUUGUAAUGGCAGCCACCAAGCUGUUCCUAGUGCUGGCCAGGGAGUACCCACAUGUGCAGGCAGAUGUUCUGGUGAGAGUGAAGGGACCACUGCUGUCUGCCUGCACCUCUGAGAGCAGGGAGCUCUGCUUCACUGCACUCUGCCACGUCCGCCAGAUCCUUGGUAGCCUUCCUGGUCAUUUCAGCAGCCACUACAAAAAGUUCUUCUGCUCAUAUUCAGAGCCCCACUACAUCAAAUGCCAGAAGAUGGAGGUGUUGUGUGAGCUGGUGAAUGAUGAAAACGUGCAGCAGGUGCUGGAGGAGCUGAGAGGCUAUUGCACCGAUGUGUCGGUAGAGCUUGCCCAAGGAGCCAUCUUCGCCAUAGGCAACAUUGCCAGGACAUACACGGAGCAGUGUGUGGGGAUCCUGAGCGAGCUCCUGGGGCUUCAGCAGGAGCACAUCACAUCAGCGGUGGUGCAGGUGUUCCGGGACCUGGUGUGGCUGUGCCCCCAGUGCACAGAUGCUGUCUGUCAGGCACUGCCUGGCUGUGAGGACACCAUCCAGGACAGUGAGGGCAAGCAAGCACUGAUCUGGCUCCUGGGCACACAUGGUGAUAAAGUUCCCAAUGCCCCCUAUGUUUUAGAGGACUUUGUGGAGAACAUGAAAUCAGAGAUGUUCCCAGCAGUGAAGAUGGAGCUUCUGACAGCACUACUGCGACUAUUCCUGUCUCGUCCUGCUGAGUGUCAGGACAUGCUGGGGAGGCUCCUCUAUUUCUGCAUAGAGGAGGAGAUGGAUAUGGCAGUACGAGACCGUGGAUUGUUCUACUAUCGCCUUUUGCAGUCUGGUGUGGAAGAAGUUAAACGAGUCCUGUGUAGCCCCAAGUCUGACCCCUCUCUGGGGCUCCUGGAAGACCAAAGCAAGCAGCCUGUGAAUACAUGGGCUUCAGAGUUUAAUACUCUUGCACCAGUUUAUGGCAGAGAACGCUGGGCACUCAUCACUGCUCACCAGCCAGCAGAACCCUCUUCCACUUGUUCUUCUUCUACUGACUCCAGGAGCAGAGACACAGAGUCCCUGGUUUCUGAAGGGAAUAAAGAAGUCCUCAAGGUUCAUCCUGAUACAGGCAGCCUGACCUUAACUCCUGAUAUUUACCUGACUGCAGAACAGUUUGAGAAGACCUGGCUGAGCUUGGACGUGAGCUGUCACCUUUCUCUGCCCUGGAGCGGGAGCGUGGAUCCAGACACCAUACAAACAGCUCUGCACGUUGUCCACAUCCAGACCAUUGCUAUGAGCAGAGCUGGUCUCCAGCCAUGGAAGGCUUAUCUCAGUGCUCAGGACGAGGCAGGCUGCCUCUUCCUCACGGAGCUGCUGCUGGAGGCAGCGGGGUCAGAGAUGCAGGUGUCGGUGAAGCAGAGCGAGGCGAGGCCAGAGGCACUGCAGGCCUUUGUGGCAGCCUUGAGGACAGUCAUGGGGGCAGUCGCUGGGCUGGGGCCCUGACUGGUCGCUGCUGCCAGUAGGAUGCUUGCUCAGGGCACAGGAGGAUUUUAUUCCCUGGCUUCAUUUGCCAAGCCUGAUGCUGUGUUUGCACUCCUGAGCUGUGGGUGUGGGCAGCCUGUUCCUGGCUGGGCAAGCACCAGCCGAGUAGGGGCAGCUGCAGCUGGGUAGUGGGACAGGGUGAGGGGUCUGCCCUUCCUCUGCACUGGGGGAAGGACAAAGUAAUACACUGGUGAGCCUGAUGCUUCUGCUUGAGUCACACCCGUGGUGGCAUUUCUGAUGAUUGUCACAAGACACUGAUGUGACAGAACCAGGUAGGAACAAAAUUCAGAGAUGUGUUUUGGAGAGGGGUUUUUUUUUCUCAGAAGUUGUAAAUUAUCCAAAAGUACUUCAGGGACUCCUUGACUCUGCUGCUUACCUCAUGUUCAGAGGAACAGUGCAAUGAAGAGAGAAGUACUUAGUUCUUGGCUGCCUUUACCAGCCAUUUAGUUCACAUGUAACAGAUUUUGAUGAUAACUUCAGUUUUGGGUGAAAGGAGCUGUGCUGUGUCUGAGAUGGGAGGGCAGGGUACCUGUGCUUGCUGGAACAGGCAUGUUUCUCUUUUGAGAGAAAGAAGUCUAUUUUCUAGUUGAAAUGUGUUACUGUGGUGAUGAAUCACUCUCUCUAAAGUUCCCUUCUCAGCUCUCUGUGACCAGGGCAGGUUUUGUGAUGUAUUUGCUGAGCUUGUGUGGCAUGGGCUUUGUAGUCUGCACCUGGCAGAGAGCUGCCUGUUCUUGUUAGAGGAAGAAUUGCUGUUUAGAUAAUUAACCUGGAUGCAAUAUUACAUUUUUGCUGACACUGAUUUUUACCAUGACUGGGUAUUUAAAGGUUUGUUUUCUGUGCAGUGCUCUUAUCUGUCAGUGCUGUUACCCUGUCCUUGCAGUGCCCUGCACGAGGUGGAGCAGUACUGUAGGACUGAGUUGUUACAGCUUCUGAAGCUGUGUUCUGGCCAGCAGGGCUUGUGUU